AUGUCGCAACUCAACCUUGUCGAGGCUUCAAUCGAAGACAUACAAAACGCUCUCAACUACGGUUCAAUAACCAGUGUUGAGCUGGUGGCCCGCUACUUACGUCGCAUAAGCACAUACGAUUGCCGCAACACAGCACUGAACUCCAUUCCGGUUCUGAACAGCAAGCUAUUCGAAGAAGCAGCCCAGUCCGAUGAUAGGCGCGCAUCAGGUGCCUUAGUUCGACCACUUGAAGGCAUACCUUACACCGUUAAGGACAGCUACAAAGUUAAAGGGCUUGUGGCUGCGGCUGGAUCACCCGCAUUCAAGGACCUCGUCGCAAACGAGGAUGCAUUUCUGGUUGAGAAGAUCCGGGAAGCAGGUGGCAUUCUACUAGGCAGGACCAAUAUGCCUGCAGUUGCCUGCGGCGGUAUGCAGAGAGGCAUUUGGGGACGGGCGGAGAACCCGUAUAACCCAGAUUAUCUCGCAGCCGGGUUUGCAUCGGGUUCCUCAAACGGGUCUGCUGUCUCUACCGCGGCGUCAUUUGCAUCUUUUGGGCUCGGCGGCGAGACGGUGUCAUCUGGAAGAUCACCCGCUAGCAACAAUGCGCUCAUUGCAUACACACCAUCCCGACAUUUUCUCUCCCCGCGGGGUAGCUGGCCGCUAUACCCGACAUGCGACGUCCCUGUUCCUCAUACGAGAACAAUGAAGGACAUGUUUGCCCUUCUGGAUGUCAUUGCUGUGGAGGAUCCAGUCAAAAAUGGGAACUUCUGGCGACAGCAGCCAUUUGUGAAGCUUCCAGAACCAUGGCAGGAGAAGCCGAAGUCCUUUGGUGAGCUAGCUGGAUGCAAGUCCCUUGCAGGCUUACGAAUUGCUGUUCCCGAAAUGUACAUUGGCGGUUCUACCCCAUCUGGAGCAAAACCGGUGACAACAAGUCCAGAGGCUAUCGAGCUGUGGAAGCAAGCCAAAAAGGAUCUCGAGGCGCUUGGUGCGGAAGUCCUUUUGGUUGACGACUUUCCUGCAGUUACAGCCUAUGAAAAUGAUGACUUGCUGCCCGAGGGCUGCCCAAGAAGACCAAAGGACUGGGUUUCCAUGGAAAGGAGUGCCCUCAUCGCCAAUGCCUGGAAUGGCUUUCUCAAAAGCUUUGAGGACCCUAAAAUCCCGGACCUCGCUGCGGUCGACCCUUUCACCAUUUAUCCAGACUCCUUACGCACAGAGCCUGAAAUGAGACAUUUCGACAAACCGAACGCCAUUCUGUACCAUAAGCUGGUCGAUUACAUCAGGAAAGGCAGCCUUACCGAUAUCGAAGGGCUUGAUGUGGCUGUUCAAGCUUUGGAAGGAAUGCGCGAGAAACUUUUUGAAGACUGGCUCACGGGACUGGGCUGUGACUUCGUCGCGUUCCCAGCCGCUGGAGAUGUCGGUCCUGCCAAUGCUGACUCUAGCUUCGAGGGCGCGGACCUAGCAUGGCAAAAUGGCGUUCAUUACAGCAAUGGCAACAGAGUCAUUCGCCAUUUGGGCAUCCCGACGGUAUCUGUGCCGAUGGGUAUCCUGGCAGAUAAGGGCGUCCCAAUGAACUUGACUUUUGCUGGAAGAGCAUAUGAUGACGUCAAGUUGCUCAAGUGGGCGCAUGCGUUUGAGGCAAAGACGCAGCACCGAGUUCCGCCACCUUACACGCCUCUCCUCGACUCGGACGUUUUGCAGCUUGGUCACUCUAUGAAUGCAACGGCGCCCCGUCCUCAGUUAGUCGUUGAGAGAUUUGAGGUUGUCCAAGGCGGCAGCGGCUCAUUCCUCCACGUAAUUGUCGACGGCUUCGUGAAAGCCAUCCCCUCUGGCCAGCAGAAUCCGGUGCUGGAGGUCACGAUCGAUGGAGUAAGAGUUCCUAUGGAAAGGGUCCGUACAAGUAUAGAGUCAGAGAGCUUGGAUGCACAAAAGAAGACGUACUUCAAGGUGAAAGUAGAAACUCCCAAGCCUGUUUCAAGGGAGGGCCUCGAGAAGACUUGGGCUCCAGUUGCUCGGGACAAGACUAUGGCCGUGGUACUAGCUAGGGCUUGUCUUGGUGGAAGGCCGACGGGAUGGUUUGGACUGAUUUAA